AGCCAUACCCGGAACGUGUUGAAAUUUGGUGAAAUCUGCAGGACGGCCCUCUGUGGUCGUUGCCGGCUCACUAGCGAGUAGCAACCGCGGGAGAAGAGGCCGGAGCCGGGCGUGACUGCGGCAGCAACGGUGUGUAGCGCAAGCGGUCGCGGCGGCGCAGACAUGAGCGUCACCUCCUGGUUCCUGGUGAGCAGCGGGGGGACUCGCCACCGACUGCCCCGCGAGAUGAUCUUCGUCGGGCGGGACGACUGCGAGCUCAUGCUCCAGUCGCGCAGUGUGGACAAGCAGCACGCCGUCAUCAACUACGAGGCAGGCUCAGACGAACACAAGGUCAAGGACCUGGGCAGCCUGAACGGGACCUUUGUCAACGACGUCCGCAUUCAAGAGCAGGUGUACGUCACCCUCAAGUUGGAGGACAAACUGAGGUUCGGAUAUGAUACCAACUGGUUCACGGUGGAGAGGGGUCAGCUCACCGUGCCUGAGGAGGCUCUCAAGCAUGAAAAAUUCACCAGUGGCCUCCAGCUGAGCAAGAAGCCGUCCAAAGGUGAAAGCGCUGCAUGCAAGCCCCCCAGUAAGACGCCGUCAAAGACGCAAAAGUCUCCCGGCGACGGCGGCGGUGGCCCCAGGCCUGGCCAAACGACCGCAGACGGGCUCCCCCCCACACCCAAAAUGGUGGACACUCACAAAGCGGAAGAAAAAGUUGGAGGAGAUGUGGCGACGCUGCCUCGCGGGACCCCCCUGUACGGCCAGCCGGCGUGGUGGGGCUACGGGGACGCCGACGACGAGAACUCCUUCCAGCGGCGAAACCAAAAAAAGCAGCCGCUGACAGAGGGCAAAGAGGCUCGUCGCGGCGAGGAUGGCCACCAGCCGGGCUACAUGGAAAUCCCCACCAAGGAAAAUCAUCACGUCGCCACCAACGGUAUCCACGAGAUACCCACCAAGGACACGGAGGGGACCGCCUCUCGCGGCGGCGCAGCUCAAGGCCACGCCUCCUUCACCAUCGAGUUUGACAGCACGUCCCCCGGGCGGGUCACCAUCAAAGACCACGUCUCCAAGGCGGUGCCCGGCCAGCAGCGGUCGCGCGCCAAGAGGAGCGGCGGCGCGGGGGCGGGCGGCGGGGACCUGAGCGCCUUGCAGGCGGCCAUGAUGGCGUCGGAGAGCAAGGUGGCCGAUUGGCUGGCGCAGAACGACCCGGCGCUGAUCCGCGGCGAGUCCGCGGAGGAGGACGGCAAGAGCAACAAGAGUGACGUGCCCGUGCAUCUCAAAAGGCUGAAAGGAAGCAAACACGAAGACGGCACUCAGAGCGACUCCGAGAACGGGCCGGGCCUGCGCUUCGCCAGCCGCCGUCACGCCCUCCACGAACGUCUGAAGGCCGCCCACGCCGGAGCGGCAGCGGCCGACCGGAACGCGGCGAGCGGCUCUCGGGGAGGCGGCCGCACGGCCUUCAUGAUCGAGCUCUACGACGAGGAGAACCCCCGCAAGCGGCGCUCGUAUUCCUUUUCCCAAACUGCGCCGCCGCUGGGAGGAGCCGGCGGCGAGGGGCUGUGUCCGCAGCCCCCCUCCCAGCCCAAGGUCUUCAGCAUUUCCACCUCCGCCGGCACCGCCUCCGACUCAGGGAAAGUCCCGGCGCCGAUCUCGGCCACGGUGGCCGCCGGCGCCCCCACGGCGGCCCGCCUGCUCCUCAAGCAGAGGUCGGAAGACCCCGGCGCGGGGCGGAGCUCCGUCGGCACGGGCCCGGCCACCGGGAGCCCCGCCAGCCCCGGCGAGGACGCCUCGGUCGCGGGGCCGGCGGCCGGCGGGGAGGCCGGCGACGACCACAGCGACAACGGCACCUACACCAUCGAGCUGGAAAACGGCGAGCUGGAGGAGCAGGAGGAGGAGGCCCGCCGCAUGAUUGACAAGGUAUUUGGGCUGGGGCAGAAGCCAGACUCCUCCGUAGCAGAGCUCCAAGGGGAGGCGAGAGCAAAAGAAAAGAAAAGCGAGACUGGCAAGGAGGACUCCGACCGGGUCUCUCUCAGCCACACCCGGACCGACCCGGAAGGUUCCGGUGCCGAGACCGCGACUUUCUUGGACAAACAAAGAGGAUGCGAGUCGUCCAGGUCCGGCACGCCCCUCAACCGAGAUGAAGCCUCGACGGGUCUCAGCGAGCGCAAGCGCAGGACCCUCCCCCCUCUCCCGGCAGACGGCGCCAAAUCUCAGACGGUGAGGUCCGAGAUCGGAGAAAAGCAGGACACGGAAGCCCAGGAGAAGGAGAACAAGGGCGACGGGGAGUCUCGGCCGCCUCCCGGGGAGAACGGCGGCGCGAGCGGCCACGGCCAACCGAGAGCCGCCUCCUCUUGUUGCCGGGCCGCCGCGCGCGGGAAGGGCUCCGACAUGAGGAAGGAGGAGGAGGGAGAAGAGGGCGGGGGCGGGGGCGGGGGUGGGGGCGGGGACGCGCCCGGCAAGGCCCUGGUGCGUCAAGGCAGCUUCACCAUGGAGAAGCCCAGCCGCAGCGUCCCCGCCGAGCUCAUCCCACGCAUCGGCGGGGGCCGCGGCCGCAGCGACUCGGUGGGGAGCGUGGACACGGCCACGCUCCUCAAGGACACCGAAGCCGUCAUGGCCUUCCUGGAGGCCAAACUGAGGGAUGAGAAGAAGCUGGAGCCCAAAAGCCCUCGAGCCAGCGGCCGGGUCUCCGGCCACGGCCCCCGCCCUCGGACAGGUUCCGUCUCGCCGGAGUCGGACGUGGACACGGCCAGCGCCGCCAGUCGCGGGGCCAACGAGGCCGAGGGGAAGAAGCGGCGCUCGCUCGGCGGCGCGCGGCGGGAGAAGAGCGACGUCGGCGCCGCCUCCAAGUCCGCCGUCCCCGCCGGCGCGCGAGACCGCUUGGAGAGGAAGACCAAAGGCAGAAGCGGCGAAGCGCCGCGCCGCUCGCUUCAGCCUUCUUCUUCGGCGGGCCGCCAGGCGUCCCUGGAUCUGACCGACGACGAGCACACUUCUUCCUUUCCCAUCUCCGACAUCCUCUCCUCGGACCAGGAGACGUACUCGGGAUACGAGGGGAGAUCCGCCAAGAGCGCCGGCGGCGGGGGCGCUUCCUCCAAGCCGGGCCGGGGUCUGCAGGCCGCCGCGUCGUCCUUCCUGAGCAAGCAGGCGGCGGCGCCACCGAAGCCGCGGCCCACCCGGGCCUCCCUCCUGCGCCGAGCGCGACUGGGGGACACCUCGGACACGGACGUGGCCGACGCGGACCGAGCGUCGGUGGCGUCCGAGGUGUCCACCACCAGCUCCACCUCCAAGCCUCCGUCGGGCCGCGGGGGGCCGUCGCGUCUGGACAUGCUGGCGCAGCCGCGCCGCCACCGGACGGGCUCCGUCUCGGCGCGCAGCGACUCGGAGUGCGGCGCGGCGCGCGUCUCCGCCGCCUCGCCGCGCCUCUCGGCCGAGACGGCGCUGCGUCUGGGCCUGCGCUCGUCGGCGGCCGCCGACGGCAAGCUGGCUCCCAGAAUGAGGGCCAACAGCGUGUCCAAGCUGAACGAGGCCAGAACCAAGACGGCUACGGGCGGCUACUGCUCUCCCACGGUGGCCAGCAGCAACCGCUGGAGACGCCUGCCCCCCGAGUACGCGUCCACCUCGGAGGAAGAGGCGGGCUCUGGCCGCCACUCUUGGAAGCACGGAGGAGGGCGCCCCCACGCGCGGCCGCACCACGCCGCGCCGGCCCGCGCCGCCCGGCCCGCCCCCGCCGCCGGCUCCGGGUCGCUGCCGGGGGUGGGCGCGGUGGUGCUGAAACACCGCAUGAAGGAACAAGACGAGUAUAUCAGAGACUGGACGGCGCACAGCGAGGAAAUCGCCAGGUUGUUCCCCUGUGUGCGCAGGAUCAGCCAGGACCUGGCUAAGGACCUGGCCACCUUGGCGCGCGAGAUCCACGACGUGGCCGGCAAGAUCGACUCGGUCAGCUCGUCCGACACGCCGCCCAGCACGGCCGCCACCACGCCGGGCUCGGCCGUCGACGCCCGCGAGGAGCCGCGCCCGCCGCCGCCCCGCUUGCAGGACAGCGUGAGACAGCUGGUGGAUCGCGUGUUUGACGAGAGCCUGAAAUACGGCAAGGUCCCUCCCGUCAUCGACGGCGCCCAGACGCCGGAGAUCAACGGCAAGCCGGCCGAGCUCCGCCCCCGCGCCCCCGAGAGCCACGAGCCCCGGGCGCUCAGGAGACGCACGUGGAACCGAGAGGAGGCGGUUUUGGACAGCCUCCUGAUCCACUCGGUCUUUCAGCUGUCCACCAAGAUCAGGCAGUCGACCGAUAGAACGGCGGCAAAAAUCCGGCUCUUGUUGAAGGACCGGGACAGGAACUGGGAGGACAUCGAAAGGAAACUGAAAUCCGAAAGCGACGCGCCACUCUUGAAGUCCUCCGGCAAUGAGAUCUCCUGCGUGCUACUUGAGCUCAGAAGAGUCGAGAAGCAGCUGGAAGUGAUCAAUCUGAUGUUAGACCCAGCCGGGGCAUUGGACGCGGCAGCCGGCGCCGUCUCGCCCGCCGGGGCCGAAGGCGUCAAACCCGCACCCCCGCCCUCCUCCGACACGGGACCCCGGCAGCUCCCGCCCGAGAUCCUUCCGCCGUCCGACGGCUCGGCGGGUCUCGGCGUAGCCUCCGUCGGCGCGCCGCCUUUCGGCCGCGUGCGGCCCGGCGGCAAGGAGGCCCUUGUGCAGAAGUGAGCCAAAAAUAAGCGCUGCCAUAUUCCGAA